AUGCCAGGUUCGACGGUGACACCCCGAUCCCCUGGUUGCUGGCGCGUCCUCGAAGAGGACAAGCGUGAUAAAUUUCUGUUGAUUGAUGUGAUUCCGUCGAGGAGUGGCCCUCUCCGCUUCGGGCGCGUGAAGUGCCUGGAUGCGGAGGCCUUCGCACAGCUCUGCACGAGAGUGGAGCCGAUGCCAUGCAGCCCCGGCGAACUCGGAGGGGACAUCCCUGUUCCUGUCAUAGAGGCGCACCCGCCCGCCGCGCAUGAACGGACAGGGAACUGCUGGGACGAUGACGACGAGGUGCCGUCCAUCAGUCGCCCGCCGCGCUUCGGGUGCGACUUGAUGCCAUGCAGCCCAGGCGAACUCAGAGGGGGCAUCCCGGUAUGCAGAGCACCCGCCAUGAAGGAGCAUCCGCACGCUGCUCGCGGACAAGCGUGGACCUGCUGGGACGAUGACGAGGAUUCGGGUCAUGCUGGUAAAGUUGAGAAGCAGAAGACCUGGCGAGUGAAGGUCACGCGUAUGGUCAGGGCCAUGACAAGCCUCGCAACGUCCAUCAGCCGGGUGAGCAAGGGGAGGACCGAGCAGCGCGACGCUGAGAUUCGGAGCACAAAGCUGAAAUCCGAAGAGGGGCUGCAUUCAUGCACUCUCUGA